AGAGAGUCCGAGAAGUCGGUCGUCGGGUUCAGUGAGCAGCGGCUUUCGUGAAACGUAGGAUCAUCGUGCGAUCGAUCGACCGAUCGACCCUCCAUCCGUCAGUCCGUCCGUUGCUUUAAUAAAGCCGUUGCUCGUGCGUCCUCGUCCCGUCCCAGUGGCCAAUCCCGACUGCCGUCAACGGCAUCCACGUCCACGAAGCCAUGCCUGAAUUCUUCGGCAAGAAGUACAAGCUCUCCAGCAGCAAGAACUUUGACGAGUUCAUGAAGGCACUCGGUGUCGGCAUAAUAGUCCGAAAAAUGGGAGCUACCGUAAGUCCAGUUGUCCAAGUGACUAAGGAUAAUGACGAGUACACCUUGAAAACCGAGAGCACAUUCAAGAACUCGGAAAUCAAAUUUAAACUUGGCGAGGAAUUCGAAGAGGAGACGCCCGAUGGCCGCAAAGUCAAGAGUAUCGUCACGCUGGACGGGAACAAAAUGACUCACAUACAGAAGGGUGACAAGCAAACAGUUAUUGAACGAGAAUUCACCCCCACGGAAAUGACAGCGGUUAUGAAGGUUGAUGACAUCGUUUGCACUAGGGUCUACAAGAUUGAAAACUAAUUCUAUUAAGAAAUUACUGUAUGAUUUUUAUACAAUAUUAAUUAAAAGAUUUGAGAGAACAAAUCCAACGCUAUGGAGAAUUUGAUGACUUGAAGAUACAUCAAAUUUAAAUCGACCAAUUAUUUGUAUAAAUAUCUUUUAUUUUAAAACUAUUUAUCCCUUC